UCCACGGAGACGUGAGGUGAGAGAGGGAGAGAGCGAGGGAGAGAGAGCGAGGAUCAGUCAGUGCAGCAGUUUUCAGCAGCAGCAGCAGCAUCAUGGCUCCAAUCGGAUUAAAGGCGGUGGUCGGAGAAAAGAUUAUGAACGAUGUCAUCAAGAAGGUAAAGAAGAAGGGAGAAUGGAAGGCGCUGAUCGUGGACCAGCUGAGCAUGAGGAUGUUGUCGUCCUGCUGCAAGAUGACCGACAUCAUGACGGAGGGAAUCACCAUUGUGGAGGACAUCAACAAGCGGCGAGAACCUCUGCCCAGUCUGGAGGCCAUUUACCUGAUCACACCUACAGAGAAGUCCGUCCACACCCUCAUCGGAGACUUCAAAGAUCCUCAUUCAGCGAAAUACAAGGCAGCUCACGUUUUCUUCACUGACUCCUGCCCCGAUCCGCUGUUCAACGAGCUGGUGAAGAGCCGCGCUUCGAAAACCACAAAGACUCUGACGGAGAUCAACAUCGCAUUCCUGCCCUACGAGUCUCAGGUGUACUCUCUGGACAAUCCAGAUGCCUUCCACAGUUUCUACAGUCCUCACAAGACCCAGCUCAAGAACCCAGUGAUGGAGAGGCUGGCUGAGCAGCUGGCCACGCUCUGCGCCACCCUGAAGGAGUACCCUGCCGUCAGAUACCGAGGGGAGUACAAGGACAACGCCACGCUGGCUCAGCUGGUUCAGGACAAACUGGACGCCUACAAAGCUGAUGACCCCACCAUGGGAGAGGGUCCAGAUAAGGCUCGCUCACAGCUGAUCAUCCUGGACAGGGCGUUCGAUCCCGUCUCCCCCGUCCUGCACGAGCUCACCUUCCAAGCCAUGGGCUACGACCUGCUGCCCAUCGAAAACGACGUCUACAAGUAUGAGACCAGCGGAAUCGGAGACUCCCGUGAGAAGGAGGUCCUACUGCACGAGGACGAUGACCUGUGGGUGAGCCUGAGACACAAACACAUAGCCGAGGUGUCCCAGGAGGUGACACGUCAACUGAAGGAAUUUUCCGCCAGCAAGAGGAUGAACACUGGAGAGAAGACUACGAUGAGGGAUUUGUCUCAGAUGCUGAAGAAGAUGCCUCAGUACCAGAAGGAGCUCAGUAAGUACUCCACUCACCUGCAGUUGGCCGAGGACUGUAUGAAACAUUACCAGGGAACAGUGGACAAACUGUGCCGCGUUGAACAGGACUUGGCUAUGGGAACAGACGCAGAGGGAGAGAAGAUCAAAGACCCGAUGAGGGCCAUCGUGCCAAUCCUGCUGGACGCUAACGUCAGCACAUACGACAAGAUUCGCAUCAUCCUGCUCUACAUUUUCCUCAAAAACGGCAUCACGGAGGAGAAUCUGAACAAGCUGAUCCAACACGCUCAGAUUCCUCCUGAGGACAGUGAGAUCAUCACUAACAUGGCUCACCUGGGCGUCCCCAUCAUCACAGACUCCACCCUCCGCCGAGGAAAGAAGUUGGACAGGAAGGAGCGUGUGAGUGAACAGACCUAUCAGCUGUCCCGCUGGACACCACUGGUCAAGGACAUCAUUGAGGACGCUAUUGAUGAUAAACUGGACACCAAGCACUACCCGUACAUCUCCACCCGCUCCUCUGCCUCCUUCAGCACCACUGCAGUCAGCGCUCGGUACGGACACUGGCACAAGAACAAGACACCUGGAGAAUAUCGCACAGGUCCACGUGUCAUGGUCUUCAUCAUCGGAGGCGUGUCCUUCAGCGAGAUGCGCUGCGCCUAUGAGGUCACACAGGCCAAUGGGAAAUGGGAAGCGGUCAUUGGUGCCACCCACAUGCUCACCCCCACCAAAUUCUUAUCGGACCUGCAGCACCCCGACUUCCGAGAGUCCACUAGGGUGUCCUUUGAGGAGGCAGACCCCUCCGAGUGAGGCAGAGACAGUUUGGGAGGGAGGGAGAGAGAAAUCACACUGAAAAAAGCUCCACCCACGUCUUCACGCCCACGAGCCUGCUGGAGCAGCUGAAGGCCAUGAACAAACCAGACGAGGAGGUGACCAGCUAAAAUCUUCCAAUCGCGUCUUUUUCUCUCUCUCUCUCUGUCUUCACCUUCACCCUCCUCCUCCUCCUCGACCCGCUCCAUUAAGUGUGUAUGCAUCCUGCUUGAAAAGAAAUAAAAUAAUAAUGAUAAUAAUAAUAAUAAUAUAUAUACAUGGUGUAUCAAAGAAUAAAAACUGUUGCAAGUAUUCUCAUGUUUUACAAUGGAUGCAACUCAACGAAACCUAUGGAAAAGUAACAAAGUGAAGGCCAUGUAAAAGUGAACGUACCAAAUGUAAACGCUGUUACGAAACCUAGCUACAAUGUGUCAAAGGUCCACAUUUGACUCCCGUCCUUUUUCCUUUGGAUUUCCUCCCCUCACUGUGGGGUUUAUCGGAGGCAGGUGGAGGAGGGACGAGGUUGGUGUUGUAAUAAUAAUAAUAAUAAUAAUAAUAAUAAUUAAAAAGAAAAAAAAGAAUUAAUGAAAAAAACAUAUCAGACAACAUGCAAUAUAAAUAUAGAUAUAAAAUGAAUAUUUUCACAGGAGAGGAGCCGCCCCCUUUGACUUUGACCCCUUUGAGACGUAAAUAUUCCGUAGCAUGCUUGGACUCGUGUGUGGACAUGUGUUUGUAUCCAGUGUGGAUGUUUCGUGGGAGCUGCAGAGUUCGCGGUUAGCUUUUUUCCAAAGACGCCGAGUUGGAAUACUUCACCGAAGAGGUUUGCGUUUUGAACACAGAAGGAAUUUUGUUUGACCGAAGCAAAGUCAGCCUAAAAAUGCACCUUUUAAUAAGUCAUAACAACAAGGAACACCCCCCUCUGCUGGUCAAAAUCUUCCAUCCUUGUUAACGUUUGUGGCAAAUUUGAAAGGAUUCUCUCGAGGUUUUUCAUAAUCGUCAAUCUUUCAUGACGUAGUUGAACCACCAAGAUCUCGUCAGUCCAUGUGAACGUUCAUGUCAAGCUUGAGAGGAUUCUCUCAAGACUUUCCUAAAAUAACACACUCACAAUUUUAACAAAGUCACAGGAACUAAUCCGUUCAUCCUUCAGUCCGUGUGAACGUUUGUGAAAGAAGUUUUCUUUAUUAUAUCAUGUUCAUAAAAACUCACGAUAUCCAAAUUUCAUUCAAGUUCACCUUUGAAUCCAAGUGAGCGUCGGUACCAAACGUUGGACAGAACGAAUCCCUCAAGGAUUUCUUGAGAUGUCGCGUUCACGAGAUUGAAUGACGCGAUGAUUUUGAGGAUUCCCGAAAGACAUUUUUUAAGAGUGCGUAUUGCAAUGUUGGAAGAAUCUGAACGACUGUCGACUUUCACGACAUCGCGUCAAACUAAUUUUUGAAGGUCAUCUUCUCGAACGUAUAACCUGGAAAAUUCCCAAACAGACAAGAAACUCGACGCUCAAAACGGAAAAAAACUUUUGGUGAAGUUUUCGCUUAAAAAACUUGGCAGAGCAAAAAGACGAAAAGAGAAAGUAGCUCUGUAAAAAAAAAAAGGAAAUAAAAAAUGGUCCCUCCUCCGGCUGCCGAGACUGUGAAGUAUUUACCCGCCACCACUUAUUUUUUCCCUUUCUCCGGAGAAACUUCACACGUCUUAAUGUCUUUAAAGGGCCGUUGCUUGCUGUUAAUAGAAAACGUUAAAAAGGGCCUCUCGUUCUUCAGUAUUGUAUCCCGUCUUCUCAUUGAUUCGUAACGAUGUUUAAUUGCACUGAUCGUGUUGUGUAUCCGACAUAUGUUGCCGUUUUAGCGUCUCACUGUUGACUGGUGAUCUUUUACGACUGUGAUGUAGUGAACUUUUCUUUUUUUUUUGUUGAAAAGAAAAAUGUGAAGCCGCCGUGUGUUCGUGAUGUUUUAGCCGUAGCCGUUAGCUGGGAAAAAUCUCUAUUUUCUUUCUUCUUUUUUGUUUUUCUUCCUGGUGCAAUGUUACGCCCUCUAGUGGUGAAUGGCUUUCUUUCUUUCUCUCCGGGACAUAUGACUUGUACAUUGCACUGAUGCGUUUUCUGUGAUGCAAAUGCUUGUUUUUUUCUAUUAUUUUUUGCUGUAUAGAAGUUUACUCUGUUUUAAUUGAUUGAUUUAUAUCUAAAUUAUUUAUCAGAGGAAAAAAAACAACAACAACAAUUGUCCUCAAUCUGUUUAACUUAUUGGAAAUGUUUGUUUGCCAGUGUUGAAGCACAAACAAGACUUCCAUGUGUACCUACUAUGUAUUAAGGCUGUCUAAUAAAUUGGCUUCCAUGA